GGCAGAUCUAUUCUUCAUUCGGCGGGUAAGACCUAGUCUUGAUUAUGCAUUUGGGUGUAACGUCUAGAUUGGCCCGGGCAGUCAAGUUCAAUGUCGGUACGGAACUAGGCCUCAGUCCCGGGGAUCACAAUAAGUUGAGGCCAACAGAAGCAGAAGAAAGUUUUCGAGGAUCGGCCGUGAGAAAGUAUCUGGCGCAUUGUGGCGUUUGAGUUUAUUUGGUUCAAGAGUUUUGUUCGAGUGAGCGGAAUGGCAACUCUGAACAACUUGCCAAUUCAAUGCUGUGGAGGCCGUGUUUGGACCCGUGCCAAAUUUUCAUCGAGAGCUGCAGGAACUGAGUCGUCGUGGGUAGGAGUGCAGGAGAGCUGCCGCGCCAGGACGAGGAAGAUCGAGUUGACCUUCGCUAAGAACACCUCUGGUUUAGUAUUUUGCAAGUUAAUUCCUUCUGAGAGAGUCUCUGCUUUGGAAAUUCGUGAGAGGACGGCGACGACUGGUGUGAAGGAAUUCCAAAGGCCAGAUUCGCUCGGAAGGUUUGGUCAGUUUGGGGGCCAAUAUGUGCCUGAGAGAUUGGAGAAGGCGCUCAUGGAUUUCGAGAAGCUAUAUAACAGCGUGGUUACAACGUACGAAUUUCAAGCGGAAUUGAAUGGACUAUUGAAGGAUUUCGUGGGGAGAGAAACGCCCCUAUACUUCGCAGAGCGACUGACCGAGCACUACAAGAGAGCUGAUGGAACAGGGGCUCAAAUCUACCUCAAGAGAGAGGACUUGAAUCACACCGGAGCCCACAAGAUAAACAAUACCUUGGGUCAGGCGCUUCUGGCGAAAAUCAUGGGCAAGAAGAGGAUCGUGGCUGAGACCGGGGCGGGGCAGCAUGGUGUCGCCACGGCCACGGUGUGCGCCCGCUUUGGAUUGGAAUGUGUAAUCUACAUGGGCGCCACGGACAUUGAGAGGCAAGCUCUGAACGUGUUUAGAAUGCAGCUCUUGGGGGCGACUGUGAGGCCUGUGCAUUCAGGCACGGCUACUCUCAGGGACGCCGUCAACGAGGCUAUUAUGGACUGGGUGGAUAAUGUGGACACUACGCACUACAUACUCGGCUCCGUAUGUGGCCCUCAUCCUUUCCCCAUGGUUGUCAGAGACUUUCAGUCGAUUAUCGGGAGAGAGACGAGGAAACAGGCCCUGGAGAAAUGGGGUGGAAAACCCGACAUUUUGAUGGCUUGCUGUGGAGGCGGCUCGAAUGCCAUGGGUCUCUUUCAUGAGUUCGUGGACGACGAGGAGGUGCGAUUGAUAGGCCUGGAGGCCGGGGGUGAGGGAACCGACACUCCUCGGCAUGCAGCUACUCUGAGUAUGGGCCACAUUGGAGUGCUGCAUGGAUCUUUGAGUUAUAUGCUUGAUGAUGGUGAGCUCUUUGGCCGUCACUCCAUCAGCGCCGGAUUGGACUAUCCUGGAGUCGGCCCGGAGCAUAGCUUUUUGAAAGACAUCGGUCGUGCCGAAUACUAUAGUAUUACGGAUGCCGAAGCUCUUGCCGCCUUCCAGCUGCUGUCCAGGCUCGAAGGCAUCAUCCCGGCUCUGGAAACUGCACACGCAUUGGCGUACCUCGAGAAGCUGUGUCCGACCGUAGUUGACGGAACGAAGGUCGUUAUCAAUUGCAGCGGUCGAGGUGACAAGGAUGUCGAUCAGGCAAUUUCAAUGCUCAAUAUGUGAAUCUAGAAGCCGCAGAGCUGGGACUGCAUCUAUCGGCGCCAUAGCUGGGCUCCUAGAGAACAGGUUCAUCAGGCCACAGCAGUUCUAGCUGUCUUUCGCAGUGGAAAGUCUUCACAGGUGGCGUGCUGAUGAUGCCAACGCUCUGGAGGAACAUAUGUACAUCAGUUACAGUCCAUAUUGACGUGAACGCUGAAUCUUCACCACGAGUUUACCACAUUGCUCCCAUCCAGUGCAGAAUUUUGGAUCUCACUGGCACAGAUCUAUUGGUGGCUCGAUGAUGAUGGUAAAGUGCGGUGUCUAGAAGAGACAGAAACAGAAAGAAAAUACAUGGACCACAACGCGAUCGGGAACCAUCGACAGCAGUACAAAGCGGAGGCAAAAUUCGCCACAGUAAAAGCAAUCCGAGUCCCUAAACAAAUGGAGAGGAAAGAGAGCGUGGCCAAGUGCGUGCCUCGACUCUACAGAUUACAGUACUACUGUGUCGUUUAUACUGUACGUGAUCAUUGUAUAUUUAGCUGAGCAUCAACCAAUAAUUUCAGUCUCAUGGGACUAGAGUUGCAUCAUGUUCCUUGAAGAUCGGUUGUGGAGAUUGAAGUCUCUAAUUGCACAAGACGCUAGGGUUUGAACCUAGCUAUCCCCAUAAUAAACUAAUGUUUGGAAAUAAACUACAUGAGGGUUUCAAAAGGGUGAGUGGUCAUCAAUGUAUUUGAGAUCUGAUGUUACUCAUGUUGUAUUGAAGAAGUGAUGUGUAUUGGUGAUCUUCGACACUUUUUUGGGGUUAUGGUUUAAAUUGCUAAUGUGUACUUUAUUUGGACUUUAUGUCCAUGAACUAAUGCAUAUCAAUUCCAAAAAUCGAA